GUUUUGUCUUUUUGUCGGUCAGCUUGGCCACCAUUAGUAUACUGCGUGUCUUCGCUUUUCCUCUCUUCGUUGCCCACAAAGCGCCCUUCGCUUUCGUUUCUAAUAUCUCUACAAAUCACGAAUACUACCCCCUAGCUGUUAGUGUUGUUGGAGUACUCUCUGCCCAUUUGUGUGUGCUAGUCUGAUGCUGUACUGUUUGAGUGAAACUAUGCCGCAAUUUGAUGCUUAAUGUGGAUCUCUCUCUCUCCUCGCUCUCGCUUCUAAGGACUGUGAAACUCGGCGGUGUCUUAGUUGUAAUAAUAAUUGUUGGCUGCGUCUUCCAUCUAUCCAACUCAGAAACUCUGUCUCGCUCCCCGGAAUACUCCAGAUCAUCUGCUUGGUGGGGUGAGCCGCCUCCGGUUUACCCUGGCAGACUCCUUAGAAACAAACGAGACUCGAAACAAGUCUCAAAACAGCAGCCAUGUGACCCAGUAGGAUGGCUCAAUCCACGCAACCCCAAGUUCGAGUGCAACGCCUGGAAUAGAUGGGGUUACAACAUCACAGACUUGAAGACCUCUUCCGUGCUCUCCAGUCUGGACACCUCUACGUCAUCACCGAAUCUGUCUUUAACGAGUAAUAUAUCUUCGCGUAUCUGUGUUCCCCUUUCGGCUCGCUGCGACUUCGUCCAAGAUUGUCCAGAUGGCUCGGAUGAGUUGGGUUGUUACCAGCAGUAUUGUGAUUCAGAAUCGGACUAUGUCUGCGAGGACUUGACAUGCAUCCCUCGCGAGGCACUGUGCGACGGCAGAUACGACUGUCGGGACCAGCUAGACGAGCACUCGCCACACCUCUUCUGUCAUCUGAGAAGGGACCCCGAGUGCGAGGAAGACAGUUGGAAUGUACCCUGCGAUGGAAAAUGUCUCCCAAAAGAGAAAGUGUGCAAUGGCAAGGUAGAUUGUAGCAGUGCUAUCGACGAAUCAUACGUGGCGUGUACUUAUCUCAAUAAAUCCAAAGAUGGUCUAAAAUACUCAACCUGUCCCCAAAAUCAGUUCAAAUGCUGGACAACAGAUGAUGAAGGCCAUACCGAAUGUGUGGAUUCAAAUCGGGGUUGUGAUGGUGUUUCAAAUUGUGCAGAUGGUUCCGAUGAAGGAUUGAUUUGCAACUUAACUUACUGCGAAGAUUCAGUAUUUCUGAAGAACUGUCAAGGUAGUUUGAACUCAAUAUGCAGACUAAAAUGGAAACAGGAUGAAACUCCAAAUGUUAACUUUCCUGAUUGUGCUGAUAAUGUUCCGCUGUGCUCCUUCGAGCCAUCGGAUCUAGAAGCUAUAGACACGUGUGAGCCAGUAUGUCCAGGGUAUUUGGAGCAAGUUUGCCUUUGGAACCCAAAACUCAUCGCAGAUUCGUAUGAACACACUCGUGAACAAAUACUACAAUGUGUACCCAAAUCGGCAUUUUGUAAUGGAACUGUAGAGUGUGUCAAUGAAGCGGAUGAGCUAUUAUGUGCUAGUAUUCACUGCAACGACCCGCAAGCUUUCCACUGCGGAGGAGUAGCGGGUCAGUGUUUGAAGAAGAGCCAGGUCUGCGAUGGAUAUCCGGACUGCUUUGACGCGAGAGACGAAAUCGAUUGCUGGCAUGUUAACUGCACCCAGUCUCAGUUUUACUGCCCAGAUCAAAAAAUUGAGCAGAAAUCAGAACACAGUGGUUCAGUUAUGAAUUUGACAAAAGGAAGAUGUAUAGAUUUGAAACUUGCAUGUGAUGAGAAACUGGAACCAUGCGCCCUGGACAGUGAGAAGCAAAAGCGUGUUUGCGACGGGCUCUGUCAUAAGUUGCCAGAUGGGUUCUGCGGGACGAGCGCAAACUGUAUUGAUACAUCUCAAGGAGCUAAGUGCAGAUGUACAGAGGAAGGCUUUGUGUUCGAUAAUGAAUCGAAUGUAUGUGUCGAUGUUGACGAAUGCAGUCCAGAGGUGACUGUUGCCCCACCGCCUUGUGACCAAAUAUGCACAAAUACUCUUGGCUCAUAUAUCUGCUCGUGUCACAAAGGCUACUUCGUCGACUCGGCCGACACCUCGAGAUGCAUAGCCGAAGACCCGAACGCCUUUAUUCUCGUAACAUUAGCUCAUUUAACUGUUAUAAACAUAGAGGAUCAGUUUACGCAUAAUGAAGAUAUGAUAGAACCGCUUAAUUCAGACCACUAUCUUUUGAACGUGAGGUAUCCUCCGAGUUCCACCAUGCAACGUCAUCAGCUCACUUUUGCCGCCUAUGACUACCAGAGGCAUCUAAUUUACUUCACCGACAGAUACACUCGCAAUAUUUACAGGACCGUAUUGCCUAGUUGGAAUUUGAACGAAUUGUUGAGAAAUGACACUAUUUUAAACAAAACAACAGUGUUCAAAAACGGCAGCAGAAAUUCACUCAAUUCCGAAGUGGACAUGUUCUCCGAGGGCAUGGCUGUGGAUUAUUCGUCUGGCAAUGUGUACUGGGUAGAGAGGGAGCCCACCACUCAGAUCCACGUGACGUCAUCUGAUGGGGUGCAUGAUAUGUCCCUAGUGCGGGAGAAACUCUCCCAGCCCAGAGAGAUAUCUCUGCACGUCCCGCGACGCUUUGUGUUCUGGGUCGACUGGGGCGAACACGUAGUUGAGAGGUGCAAUUUCGACGGGUCUGAUCGGCGAACUGUAGUGAGUGACAAUCUGCAGUUCAUAAACAGCGUGGCCGUAGACGAGUUCAGCGAUCGCAUCUACUUUCUGGACGCCAAAUACGACCAGAUCCGCUUCUCAAGUCUGGACGGAUCCAAUCAGGGCUUCGUGCUCAAGGCAGCCGUACGCGACACAGUUCUAGCCCGGCCUUUCUCGCUAGCCAUAUUCGAGAGCGCCUUAAUCUGGUCCGACUGGGGUUCGAAACCCAAUCCAGGCAGAAUUCACACGUGCAAUAAGCGCAGGUGUUCUCUUGACAAGGGUGUUCAUGGAGGAGAUAUGAAAGGCUACUUGCACCUGUCAGUUGUGCACAAGUCUUUGCAAGACGUGGAGAGGUUGGAUUCUGCGCCUUGUCUCACCAAUAAUGGGCAUUGCCCAAGCAACAGUAUAUGUGUGCCCAUUAACAAUGGCCUCGGACCAGGAGGCAUGACUCAUACAUGCUUUACUAUGCGGAGAGCUACGAAAGUUGUCAAGAAGACUGAAGAGUUGACGAAACAGGUGCUGAACUGUUCUGUGAGAGGUGCGCCCAUGAGUGAGAUUUGUCUGCCCACUGCGUGGCCCCUCAUGUCUCUCAAUCAGAGCAGUUGGGGGACGAAUGAAGGAGGGGAAGAGAUGUUAUCCAUCAGUUUCUGGUGCUACUGCGGACCCAACCCACUCCAGCACAACCAGAAAGAAGGAGUACCUGUGCCGUUGCUAGUGACAUUAGUGCUGCUUUUGUGUGUGCUAAUUUUUGCCGCCUGCCUCUUCAUCUUUGUCUGCUACAUCAAACCCACAUACUGCCCACAAAUGCCGACUCCUCACAACCGACAUAGAAGGAACACGUCUAAUCACUACUCUUCCCACAGGCAAAAGAAAGUUGACUCACUGGUCGUCAACGAGCAGUACGAAGAGACCUCUUUUGGCAAUCCUCGACUUCUAUCUAACGACAUUUCGCAUGCACCCCCGCCCGAGUCGCCAGGGUACUCGCCCGCGAUGAACGCCUUCGACUGGGACAACGAACAGCAACUGCAGGAGAGCCAGUUCGAAUUCAGCGAGCCAGGAUACUACGAUGCACAUCAGGCUCAAGCCCCUCUUCCAAUGAACAGAAGGCCCUCCGUGCGUUCGGCACUUCCGAGUAUCAAAGAGGAAGUGAAUGAAGAGGAAGAAGAGGACGAGGAAGAAGGUGAAGAUGUGCAGAACAGCAGUUCCACGAACUCCAACAGUCAUAUGCCGAGGAACUACUCGAUCGCCAGCAGUACAGCUGGUCUGGUCUAUCCCUCAGACGACGAAGUUUUCGACAGCGAUCUCUGCAACCAGAAUGGCAAUUCAAAGCCAAAAAAUGGAGCCGGCGACAGAUCAUCCGAGGCUUGACGCCGGAUUUUAAUAAGCGGAAAUUCCGCAGAAGCUGAAUCAAAACUAUUUUCUAAGAGUAUGAAAACUUAUAAAGAAAAACUAUUUUAGAUUCGUUUGUUUAACAUAUUAGUGAGCAUCGCCUUUCGUGCUUGAAUAAGCAUGAGUUCCUAGACGUCUUCUAUCCUUCCAUGGGCGGCGUGGUUAUGUGUGUUAGUUAUCGUAGUUAAAUUAAUUUUUAAAGAUCUGCUGCUUGCGUUUGAGUGCGGAAGUAGUGUCUGCUGUUUGAUUCGAUUGAAUGGAGUUAAAAAUUCAUUCACUUUAAACAUGGUGCUAAGAUUUAAAAAAAACGUAUUCAUGUUUUUGGUACAAUGAAAUUGGUCCAAUCCCAAUCUACCCCAAAACCCGAACAACCCCUACUUUUCUGACCAUAAUAUAGAGUUUACAAUCUUCGUUUUCUUGCAACUCAAAUCUAAAAUGUGUGCUUUAUCUUUUUAUUUCCAGUCAAUCUAUUUCAUCUGAUAAUUCGCACUAACGCAUCUAUCUUGAGGCAAGGCACAAUUAAUUUGCAGUUUUUGAGCAUAGCUGGCGAUUAAAUUGUCGAAAUCGAAAAUUCAUAUUUCAAACCAAAAUGAAGUGGUUGCAUACAUCAAGUGUAAAUGUUUUGCUCCUAAAUAUCUCGCUUUUUCAAUAAUAUUAUGGUUAAUUUUUACUUCACUUUCGCUUUGAAAUAUUGAUUUAUGGGCAAGAUCUUCUACCGUUACCACUUCCGAUUGUAUCCUUAAAAAAUUGUUUACAUAGCCCGUUCUUUAUUAAAUUUUUCAUGUAUGGGAAUUGCCCAAUUCGCAACUAAUUUGUUCUUCAUACAUUGUAAAAUCAAAAGCUGACAUGUGAAAACUAUUUUUAGGGAUUGGGCAAUAAGAGCCGUUUUGAACUCUCGCUUUUGCCCGAUUUGCAAGACUUCGAUUUAUGAAAAUUUUCACAUGGAAUGAAUGGUUGAAACUUUUUUAGAGAUUUUCGAACCCGGUUCCUC